AUGAUGAAAAAAGUAAAUAAUACUACAAAUGAUGAAUUCCUUAAAUUGUCUUAAGUCCAAUUCAAAUAGGAAUUCAAAAAGUUUAUUGGUUGCUAAUAUGUAAAAUCAGAUUAGUUAUCUUUAAGCCAUAAUUAUAACAAUAGUAACUGUAUUGUCUAUUAAGCAUAUUUAAGAAUUAGUCAUUAUGUAUUAAUAUUAUGAACAUAGAAACUCGGGAUUUAAAAUAAAAAAAGAAUAUAUAAGUGGAUGAUAAAUUUGUAUUUGGAUCAUUAGAAAAAUUAGAGUUUUAAGAUUUUGCAAUAAUUCCAAAUGAUUAUGUAAUUCCUGGUUGUGAAAUCAUAUAAUGUCUACUUACGAAACAAGUAUAUAAAAUAAUUAAUUAUAGUUAAAAAAAUUAUCCUAUUCAUUUAUUAUGUUCUUAUUUAUUAUAAAGCAUCUUGAGAUAGUUGUACCAAUUACAGCUAUAAAAUUAAUCAAAUAAUUUGUAACAGAAAAGCCUAAUUGUAUAAUAGAUAUUGGAAGAGAAAAGAUGGUUUAAGUAAAUGCUAUUAUGAUACAUUCUUAGAUUUGGUUACAUAGUGAUGAUGAAAGAAAUAUACUUUAUAAAAAUGAUGAAAUUAUAUUAGGUAAUGAUUUAAAAAUGAUUGUUCAUUGUGUAAAAUGUGUUUAAUGUGAAUUAUUGGAUAUGAAUUUAGAAGUUAAUUUAAAAAAUAUUUAAGAAUUUCUAAGAAAAUUUAAAACUGAUAUUAUUGGAAUAGCAUAUUCAGUUUAAAUUAUUUUGAGAAGACUUUUAGAUGCUUAUGAUGUUGAUGAAGUGCAAUAAUAUAAUGAAUUUGUAUUAAACAAUUUUUAUUAAUUUAUUAGUAUUAAGCCUUUAUACUAAAUCCAUUAUUAAUUUUAGAAAUAUAAAAUGUUAAAUUCAUAGCUAUUUAUGGACAUGAAGGAGAGAAUUAUUAAUUUGGAGGCACCUAUAAUUUACCAGGAACUCAUAGAAUUAAUUGUGAAUAAGUUGAUAAGUAAAUAAAUUUAAAUUAUAUAAGUUAUCAAUUUUAUGUAAAUUAUUAAUAAGGUGUAUGGAGAUUAUAUGAUGGAAAAUACAAUUAUCCAAAUAAUGAAAUAUUAAAGAGUAAAUAUGGUAUCAAAAUAAUGUUAUUAUAGGAACUUGGAAAAAAAUUUAAUAGAAAUCAUUUUAAUUAAGAUCAUAGGAUACGUUUCGUAUUAAUUAGCAUUAUUUUAAUGUAAAAGAUUUGAAAUAAGAAAAUAAUGAAAAAAAUCCAUAAAAUUAGUGUUAUUGCAGUGAAAUAAUAGAAAAGGAUGUUUCUGAAAUACCUGACAUACAAUUUAAAAUAAAGCCUAAAAUAUCCUCUAAGACUUAUCAAAUAAUUAAUUUACAUUCUUCAAUAAAUCAAAAUUUAUAAGAAUAUUACAUAAUUCAAUUAGAUGAAGAAUAUAAUUGCAUUUCUUGA